CCAUGUCCAGAGAGGAGCCCCCCAGCACCGACAUCAUCACCCUCACCCGCCAUGUCUUGAACGACCAGUUCAGUCUCGGCCCAGCCGCGACUGGCGACCUCACACUCCUCCUGACCGCCAUCCAGACAACAUCCAAAUUCAUCGCUACCAAUGUCCGGAAAGCGCGUCUCAUUAACUUGAUCGGCAUGGCGGGCGAGACCAAUGUGCAAGGAGAAGAGCAGAAGAAGCUCGACGUCCUCUCUAAUGACAUCAUGAUCAACUCGCUGCGGGCGUCAGGGAAGACUGCCGUGCUCGUCUCGGAGGAGCUCGAGGAGGCGGUCAUCAUCGAGGACAAGUACAAGGGUAGCUACUGCGUCGUCUUCGACCCUCUCGAUGGCAGCAGCAACAUCGACGCCGGUGUGAACAUCGGCACUAUCUUUGGGAUUUACCGAAUCAAACCGGGAUCCACAGGCACGAUUUCCGACGUCCUGAGACCCGGCAGCGAGAUGGUCGCGGCGGGUUACACGAUGUAUGGUUCGUCCGCCAAUCUUGUACUGACCACCGGACACGGCGUCAACGGCUAUACGCUCGAUGCAUCCUUGGGAGAAUUCAUCCUGACGCAUCCUGAUAUCAAGGUCCCGUCGCGGGGCAAAAUCUACUCUUUCAACGAGGGCAAUGCGAUGUACUUCCACCCGCCCGUCGUGAACUACCUGAACAGCAUCAAGUUCCCACCUGCGGGCAAGUCGCCGUAUAGCGCGCGGUACAUCGGGUCAAUGGUCGCGGACGUGCAUCGCACGCUGCUGUACGGCGGCAUCUUUGGCUACCCCGACGACAAGAAAUCGAAGAGCGGGAAGCUGCGCCUCUUGUACGAGGCGUUCCCGAUGGCUUUCUUAACCGAACAGGCUGGCGGCCUGGCGACGACCGGCACCAAACGUGUCCUCGACAUCGUGCCCACCAGCAUCCACGAACGAACGUCUAUAUUCCUCGGUAGCAAAGACGAUGUACAGGACGUGAUGAAGUUCUAUCAAGAAGUACAAGGAAAGGCAUAGGAGUGUACGAUACCUGAAGCGCACUUGUAUACUAGUGUCGUGUAUAACGCAAACUGACAUGGUAAUU